UUCGUUGCCGUUUGCCGUUGUCGUCUCUCUGUCGUGUGAAGAAAUAUAUAAAUUAUUUUCUUUCUGUCUUAAAAGUGGAAAUCACGGAGAAAAAUUUUAUGUAAUAAAAAAGUUUUUAUUUUUUCUGUCAUUCUGUGCAAAAAUAAAGGAAAAAAAGCUCACCACCUGAACGUGGACGUGAACGAGCGACGUGCGAGCAUUUCUUUAUUUAUUUGUUUAGUAGCUGAACGCGAACGCGGUGCUUUGCAACUCCACCUCCACUCCCCUGUGUGUCGGUGUACUCAACCGUCCAGACGGCGAGCUGUCAAACUUCGCCUCCCCCACAAUCGCUUUUUAUUUUGUUGUUGUUGGUUGCCUUUGCCUCUCAAAAUCUAUUAUCAAUAAAAAUAAAAAAGAGUUUUUCCUUUUUUCACUGAGGAAAAGUGUGCGUUCGGAAAAUGUGAAAUACUCGUCAAACGCAUGAAAAUUCAGGGAAUUAUUGAAUCCUGAGUAACAAAACGAAAUAUCCCCAAAUAAUGUGAUUAAUGUGAUUGGGAAUUAAAUUUCAAUAAAAUUAAAAUAAAAGUGAAUUGGAGUCAAUCCUCGGGUAAUUUUGUUGUCAGUUUUUCGUAGUUGGAAGAAAAAAAGGUGUUAACCCCUUUUGCAAUGGAUAUGAUGCUGAUGCACUGGUUUAAAUGUCAAUCAGAUUCAGAAUCAGUUUUUAAAUACCCAAGUGCAAGUCCGGUUGCCGUUCCGAUUGCAAUGGGAUCGUUUAACUUGAAAAUUAAAUUAAAUGACGGUAAGAAGUAAGGACGGACGAAGAAGUGUUACCAUACCCCAAUUUGACGCAACUACGAAAAUUGUCUUUUUCUCGAAGUGAAUUCCUGCAAAAAUAUAUAUAAGGAAAAAAAUUAAGUGAAAAAAUAAAUUUAAGUAAAAAAUAAAGCCAACAAAUUCUUUUAAAGGAAAACCGAAAACAGAAAAUAAAGAAAAGAACCAACGAGUGAGAGCAGAAUCACGAAACACCAAGAAUAAAUAAAAGAACGUGUGUGUUGCUCUAAAAAUACAAAAUAAAUUUUCGUAUUUUAUUUAUUUUUCUCCUUUUUUUUGUUAAAUCGUCUCUCCUUGCCUUGGAUGAACUUUUCGCGUUUUUGGUGAGUGAGAACAAACAAAUAAAAAAAACCAUAAAAGUUUGUCGUUUCGGUUGUUUGUUGUUUUUUUUUUUUUUAUUCACGAAACAAAAUUUCACGUGAAUUUCGUCUUUAUGGGAUCGUUGUUUUACCGACGGGAAAUUUGGCAUUUUUUUGUUUGAAAAAGUAGAAUUUGACAUAAGAAAAAACGCCAUAAGUUUCGAAAUGUCAACUGUCAAAUAAAACAAAAUAAAAAGACAAAUAAAUUUAAAGUUCGAAAAUCGAAUUCGAAACAAAAAAAUUUGAGUAAUAUUUUUUUUUGUUUUUUUGAGAAAAAUAUGACCGAAUACGUAACGCAAAACAUUCGCACCGUACUGAAAACGUACCAAAGUAGUGCGACAAAAAGCUUACAGGGUCCUGGACAAUCAUUGGUGGCUGCUGCAGCAGCAGCCGCUGCCGCCAGUUCUGCUGGCAGCCCGACGACAAUAAUCAAAAAGGAGAUUCUCAGCUCUCCGGAGCCGCUGGAUGUCAAUGAAUCACCAACAUUGAUAGUUCCACCUCCGCCGCCGCCUGAACUGCCGCAGCCGAUUUUGACGGCAGCGGAUACAGGACGCGGUGAGUUGUAUGAGACACGUCUCGAGGGCAAGACAAUUGGAUGUUUUUCAUUGGGCGGUGAGCUGCGAUUGUGUUUGCCACAAUUUCUAAACAAUGUGCUUGCGGAUUUUACACUCGAUCAGAUAAAUCGAAUAUUUGACGAAUUGGGUAUUUUCUGCUCGCAAUGCACCCCAGAUCAGUUAAUGGAAUUCAAGGCGGCCAAAAUUCUGCCGUCGGAUGUGAAAGCGAGUGGUUUGAUAACACGCACCGAUGCAGAGCGUUUGUGUGCGGCGCUGUUACAUCGGGCCGCUGAUCGGCACCAAUAUGCGAUAGAUGACAUUCCGAAGGGUGCUAUUUCGUUUAAGGUCUAUCAUCGGUGUUUUGGCAAGAGCGAAGGUAUCUGCACGCCCGAUAUGUAUUCGUAUAUGAAGCCAGCUUGUAUUGUGUGCAUUGAGUGUAAGGGUUGGUUUACACCGCAAAAAUUUGUCGGACACGUGCAUCGGCAGCAAGAGAAUCGCACAUGCCAUUGGGGCUUCGAUUCGAGGAAUUGGCAUGAAUAUCUGCAUGUGGCGCUAGAUGUGGAAAAUCGAGAGAAAUACACAAAGAUUUUGGACGAACUAAAGGAGAUGGAGCGAAAGGAGACGCUCAAGGCGCAGCGAGAUCUGAGCUAUUUAAAAAGAAAGGCUGAAUUAGACGAGACGAUAAUCGCAGCCCCACCAUGCAAACGAGAACCUAUAGACAUUCCAUCGAAAAAAGUCAAGAGUCUCGAUGAAACGUCAGCAUAUCAACUCGACUAUCAGCGUUAUCAACAGGCACUCAUUUACCACUGUGCCCAUCAGCAACAGCAGCAGCAGCAACAACAACAACAACAGCGUGGUCAAAUGUCAGCGUUUCGUCCUUGGGCGCCGAAGGCGUUUCUUCCAUUGCCAUAUAGUUCUGUAGCAGCCUUGCCAUAUUUGAGUCAAGAACCACCGGUAUUACAAAAUCCCGAACGUGUUGUGCGUAAUACCGAAAGUGAACGAUUUGAACGUACUUAUCAGCCGAACGUGGCGCUGGCGCCUCGAAAGAGCAUACUCUCUAAAGAGAGGGAAAAGGAAAGAGAACGCGAGAGGGAAAGAGAACGUGAACUUGAACGACAACAAACGCAACACGCCGCCAUAACAAAUCUAUGCGAAGCUGAGCUUCACAUCAAACAAGAGCGACCUAGUUCUCCCGAUGAUAUAGCACAAUCGCCUGAAGAGAUGCGUAUGCCAUCGCCAACGCCUCUCACUAACAAUAAAAGCAAUAACAACAACCUCAACAAUCGACAUCAUUCGAUGCACUCACCUCAACAACCACCACCGCCAUCCGCGCAACUUCAUUCACGCCAUUUGCACCACACCCCGCCGCAACCAAUAAGUCCCGAAGAGUUUUCUGGUUCGAAUGAAAUCACCUCAUCGACAUCACCAAUUCCCAACAACAAUACCAACAAUAAUGGUCCUUUGAGUAAUACAUCACCGAGCAGCAUUCAACAGCACUUGCAGCAUCUGCAGCUGCAACAAACCCUCCACCAACACCAUGCUGCUGCACAUCAGCCACAUCGAAUUCACCAACACCUUCAACAAAGCCCUCACCAUCCGCACCAAUCGCAAUCAAUAAUCGCAACAAUCAAUCAACACACUAAACUACUAACAACUGCCGACAACAAUAACGUUUUAUGUUUACCGAGUCGUAUUCGCAUAAGUAAGAAUUUAAUAAAUCAAUCGAACAUCGUUCGGUCACCAACACCGCCGCCACUUGCGCCAUCUGCUGCCAAUCAUGAGCAAUAUACUAAUAACAAAAGGCAACAUCACCAAAUCCAACAACAAUCGCCAUCGCAAUCUUCCGCAUCAUUGUCUUCCAAUUCGCUGUCAGCGCAAGCGACAGGGGCAGCCGUAGCUGCGGCUGUCAACUUGGUAACAGGAGGUGGUGUCAACAAUGCUGAUGCCACAGGGGUAUUAGUCAAACCCCAUCCACACCUCAACGGCAGAGUUGUAGGAACAGCGGGCAUCAUUGGCAACUCGGAGUUCGAACUCUCGACGGACACUGAUGAUGACAGCUUAAAUGGUGAACCCGAUAGUCAAAGCAACAUUCUGGCUCCUUGGGAACAAGCCGCCGAUGCUCUAAAAGACACCCGGCCCAAAGAUCGAGAGAAAAUAUUGCAACUGUUGCAGAAACUCAUACACGAUAACAACCAAAUACGUUUUGAUAACCUUCAACUGAUAGAAGAGGUGCGAAAGCGGGACGAACAAAUCUGUGAUCUGCAGCAGGAACUGCAGCAUUAUCGGCGACAGGCAGCGCUUCUAUCGCCCGCCAUUGUUCACCAGAAAGUCAACAGUAGUUGCAGUAAUAGUAGUACAAGUAGCAAUGGCAGCAAUAGUAGCAGCAAUAGCAACAGCAACAAUGGCAGCGUGAUUGCCAAAAUUGACAGCUGCACCAGUCAAAAUGAAUUGUCAGAAUCAACUCCAACACCAACGGCAUCAUUAAUAUAUCAACAAGAAUCGCAGCUAACUAAAACCGAAAACGAUAAAAUAAAGGUGCCGUUAAAGAAAUCAAUGCGUCGUAGUCCCGAAGACACAGUCGUUGUGUUAAAUCAAAAUGCUGGCAAUGCUGAUGAUUUAAUGGCAACGACACCUCCCCAAUCGAUCGCAAACGAGGUCAAAAGCGAAUCCAAACAAAUGCCAAAUUCAGUGAAUACAACGAAUGGUGAAGCGCCACCUACAUCAAAUUCACCGCAAUCAGCCUCAGCGUCAUCGUCGUCGUCUACAGCACCAACUUCAACGUCUCCGAUGGAUUCUUGUGAUGAUGAACCAACACACAAGGAUACAAAGCCAAUGGUUCCGUCUCCCGCUUUAUCCUCCUCAUCUACAUCAUCAUCCUCGUCGUCGUUAUCAACCUCCACAUUAACGCCAUCUAGCGGGUUUACUCCUGCCACGAUUAAAACGGAGAAAUAGCCCUUGAAUUUAAAAGUUUAUGUUAAGCAUACAAGCAUAGGCCAACUGAUAGAUCAAUCACAAUAAUUUUGUAUUGUUAAACUUACUCAUUUACAUAUAAAAAAAAGCAACACAAAACAAAUAAUGAAAUGAAAUGAAGAAAGUCCCCUUCUCUCAUCCCCUUCGUGUAAAUUGUUAGAAUUUGCUUAGAUUUUAAAAAUCAGCAGUAAAAUAAAAAAUAUGUUAAAUAAACAAAAACAAAACAAAAUAACAUAAAGAUAGUCAACUGUGAGAUUUAAAUUAUAGGACAUUAAAUUAUUUUAUUUUUUUUUAAAUAAGUAUUAGACACAAAACAAAAAAAAAGCUAUUUAUAGUAAAUAAUCAUAUAAGUUGUAAAUAUGUCUAAUAACAAAAAUGAGAGUUUAUCGUUCGUUUCACAAAAUAAAACAAACAAAACGAAAUUAUAAAAUUAUAAACAAAAACAAAACAGAAAAAGAUGUAGAGCUAGGCCAUUGUAUAAAUUAAAUUAUAUAACUAUAUUUUUGGUUUAAGCAUUUUGUUUCCAACUUAAUUUUGAUACGACAAAUUAAUCGUGGAUUGAAAAGACAAGAACGACGAAUAUCUUUCAUCAUUGACAGAAUUGAUCAACUUCGAUCGGUGUAAAAUUCAGAUAGAACUGUCACUGUCAAACAGUGGCCAUUUUUCUUAUUACGAUAUGUGAUCCACUUUGGCCUGUUUAUAUUUCUGAGAAUUUUCUCAGACGGAUUGGCAGAUCGGGAAAAUGAAACAUAAUCACAAUUCAUUCUCACUUAACCUACAAAUUGCAUUUCUGUUAAUCCUUUUUGAAUUGUACGAUACAGAAUUCUUGAAGAAGAAUCGAAUCAUAAAAAUUCUAUUCUUUGAUUUCUGACAGCAACAGUGAGAAAUUUGUAUGAGAAAUGUUGUAAAGGAUCACUAGCGUAAGUAAAGUGAUAAGUUCUGACAUCCUUAGAGAUUGCAGAAACUAAUUCUUUCAUUGAUAAAACGAAAACAACUAAUCAAUGUCUGCGAAGGCUUCUAAACGUCAAAAACUCUUGCCUUUGACACUUUCAUAGCUUUUCAAUUUCAAGAAGAGACUGUUGUUUAUUACUUUACUGAAAAUUUAUAUUUUCAAUUAUGUAAAAAAAAUCU